AUGGCGACGAGUCCAACUUACACGGCGACGUUACCAGUCGGCAACUCAACAUCUGCGUUCUGGCAGUCCAAACCAGAUCCAGUCAUAAGCAACCACCAGUCCCAUGAAAUUCCGACCUCAGCAGAUGUUGUCAUCAUCGGAGCUGGCAUUUCUGGGGCCUUUAUUGCCCAUCGGCUGCUCACAGAUCAGUCGCCCAACAGACCGAAGUCUGUGUUGAUGCUCGAAGCCCGAGCCGCGGUCAGCGGACCUACAGGUAGAAAUGGUGGACAUAUCAAACCCGAUUGCUACCGGGGAGAAAAUGGCUUGGAAGACGAGAUUGACCUCGUCGAGUAUCGGUCCGCGGAUGUGUACCUGACGGAAAACACCUGGAAAGCCGGACUGGCAUCCUACAACGGCUUCAAGGAAGCAGGUGGUGACGUCUCCGAAAUUACUGUCUUGUCAAAGGCCGAAGCCGAAGAAACACUUCGUAUCACGAGUUGCUAUGGCGCUAUCACGUUUCCCGCUUCAAGUCUCUGGCCGUAUAAGCUGGCUAUGGCCAUGAUACGAAAGUCUCUUGAGGUUGGCCUUCUGUUUGAGACUAAUACCCCAGUGAUGGAAGUUUCUCAAGCCGACAGUGACUCUGGUAGUUGGACUAUCACAACUAGUCGUGGUAACAUCACUACCAAUAAGGUGAUACACGCCACCAAUGGGUAUGCCUCCCAUCUACUGCCAGAACUCGAUGGGCGCAUCAUUCCCCUGAAGGGUCACGUUGCGGCCAUCGCACCUCCGCCCGCUUACGUUGACUUACCGCUAUCUACUUCCUUUGCUUUCGUGUCCGAUAGCAACUACGACUAUCUCGUUCAACGUCCCGGCUCGCAAAAGUUCCUGAUCUGGGGUGGAGGAGAAGGCGCACAUCCGAACGGGCCUGAGGGCGGCUAUGGAGAUUGUGAUGACUCCUUUACCGUCCCCGAGCUACCUGGAAAGCCUGGCCAGUAUCUCAUCGGCGGUUAUCAUGGUCACGGAAUGGCCCGCGUAUUUCUGUCAACGAAAAUCUUCUGCGAGCUUUUCCUCGGCCAAGAAAUCGACUCCCGCGUUCCGUUGCCUUACUUUGAUCUUGAAUCCAGACUUAAAGAGCCAGUUAAUAUGUCCAAAGUGGGGCACAUCUUGUAGUCCGCCGGGUGCUCGAUGACAGGUCCCGCAGAACAUGCGACUGCGUGUAAGUUGGUCUGAUGCAUCGCUUUCGCAUUGUGCUUAAGCGGUAUGCUUCUUCGCUAGGUUUACGUCUGAAAUAAG